AUCCUGGAGAAGAGGAGUUCUUAGGGCUUUGUCAGUAAAGAACAAAGUCGGAUUCGUCAAUGGAAAGUGUAAGAAACCUAAUAUCGAUGAAGCGAUCUACGACCAGUGGGCUCGUUGCGAUGAUAUGGUUACAUCGUGGAUUUUGAACUCACUCUCGAAGGAUCUAGCUGACAGCUUGCAAUAUGUCAAUGAUGCUAAGGAAUUGUGGCAGGAACUGGAGGAUAGGUAUGAUCAGACUAAUGGAGCGAAGCUGUAUCAACUGCAGAAAGAAAUUAAUGAUCUUAGUCAAGGGACUUUGGAUAUCACAGGGUACUACACAAAAAUGAAACGACUUUUGGAAGAAUUGAACACCUUGAAUGCACAUACACAGUGCAAUUGUCAAUGCACUUAUGGUGCAAAAGCGAAUAUGCAUAAGGCUGAGCAGGAUCGUAGGAUGAUUCAGUUCCUGAUGGGCCUGAAUGAGGUUUAUACAGUUGUGAGAGGUAGUAUAUUGAUGAUGAAUCCAUUACCAAACAUAGCUCAGGCUUUCUCUAUCCUGAUCCAGAAGGAAAAACAGAGAGAGGUUAGGCCGAACAACAAAUUAGUUAUGGAAUCAACUUCAUUAAAUGCAAAUGGACCUGGAAAUGCCAAGUUCAGAACAAACUACAAUCAGAGGGGAGGCAAUGUUGGGGCAAACUCACACAAUUCUAACAAAUCAAGUUACCCACCUCCUAGGGGUCGGAUGUUCUGCGACUAUUGCAAAAAUCCAGGACACACCAGGGACAAUUGCUAUAGAAUUCAUGAAUUUCCACAAGACUUCAAAUUCACAAAGGGGAGAAAUGUCGCAUCUGCUGCAAAUGUUCAUGUAGAUUCUGAGGAAAUGGAAGAAGGAAAUCAAAGCCAGGGACUUCAGAGCUUGACAAAGGAGCAGUAUAAUCAAUUGCUUAGCCUACUGGAGAAAUUUCCUUGGAGAAACACAUGA